AUGACUGCCCUGCAGAAAUCUGUGAGCUCUUCCCUUAUGGGGACCUUGGCUGCCAGUUGCCUCCUUCUCAUUGCUUUGGCGGUGCAGGGAGGAGCGGCGGUGCCCGUCAGUGACCACUGUUGGCUUGACAAGGCCAACUUCCAGCCGUCUUACAUCACCAACCGCACCUUCAUGAUGGCUGAGGAGGCCAGCUUUGCAGAUAACAAUACAGACGUCCGUCUCAUUGGGGACAAACUGUACCAAGGGGUCAAUAAGAGAGAGCGCUGCUAUCUGAUGAAGCAGGUGCUGAACUUCACCCUGGAAGAAGUGCUGCUUCCCAAGUUGGAAAGAUUCCAGCCCUACAUGCAAGAGGUGGUAUCCUUCCUGAAUGGUCUCAGCAACAAGCUCAGACUCUGUCACAUCGAGGGUGAUGACAAGCAUAUCCAGGAGAACGUGCAAAACCUGAAGGACACGGUGAAAAAGCUUGGAGAGAGUGGAGAGAUCAAAGUAAUUGGAGAACUGAAUUUGCUAUUUAUGUAUUUGAGAAAUGCCUGCAUCUGAUGGAGUAAAACUGGAAAUCGAAUAGCUUGCCUGCUAAAAAUAUCAAUGAGAUUUCUGAAGGAACUUUUUUACUAAAAGGAAAAUGGGAAAUCAAAUUCCACCAUUGUGGGUGAACUCCACAUGAAACCCUGUUUAGCUGAAAAGAAAUAUCAAAGUCAUUUUUGUCAUAAGACCAGAGGUGGACCUUGCAAGCAUACAGAUUUAUUUGAUAACAUUUUGUUAUAACUGGUGUUUUAUACAACAGAAAAAAUUAUUUUAAAUUAAUUGUCUAUUUCCAAAAAAAGAUUUCUUCCCAUUCCUUUAGAAAAUAAUUCUAAAUAAUUGC